AUGCCUACACCUCCCCCUCCAGCUCCAGUUACAGCCGCCGCCCCUCAAUUUGUGGCUGUCAAAGUAGAUCACCCAGACCCCUAUAAAGGAAAGAUUGGAAGUGAGGCAAAGCAGUGGCUGACCUGCAUGCUUGCAUGGAUUUGGCUCAAUCAAAGGAUGUUCCCCACUCAGGUGGAAGUCCUUUCCUUCCUGCUAAUGAAUAUGGACAAUGCCACUGGCGCAUGGGCCCACCCACAUUUAGAUUUACUUGGGUCCCAUUGCGCAAUCAUCCAGACCAUGGAUGAUUUCAAAAGGGAAUUCCUGUUGGCUUUUGGGGACCCAGACGCCACCAGGGCAGCAGAGCAAAAAAUCACAUUGCUCACUCAAUCUGGCACUUGUGCCAAUUAUAUCACAAAGUUCUGCACCCUAGCAAUGGAAUUGGAUUGGAACAAUGCAGCCCUCCACAGCCAAUUUGCACAAGGCCUCCAUUGGGAAGGGGGCAAGUACCAGCCAGCAGGCCUUGACCAACAAAAACUCUCCAAUGACCCCAACUUUGUCUCAGAGGAAGAGCAAAACCGCCACCGCACCAAAGGUGCCUGUAUCAAAUGCAGCAAAAUGGGACACAAGUUUGCGGAAUGCUGUACAGGAUGGAAGGCAACCCCUAGGGAGGACAAGGGGAAGCCCAAGGAAACUGCCAAAAUUGGCAAAGAGUCUGGACUUGAUUUGGGAAAAGACUAA